AUGCCUACCUCUCGUACCUCCAGUGACCGCAGCGGAUCCAUUGGAUCCUACGACAGCCCCAACGGCCACGCCUAUAAGACAUCUCUCUCCAAGCAAGCCGACCCCAACUCGGCCCUGAACGAAGCCCAGCCCAUGGCCAGCCUCAGCUCCGGAGACUCGAUGACCGGCAUGUCGUUGCGCGGGGUACAACAUCGCGACAGAGAAGGAAACGUCAUCACGGAACCCGAUCUGGCCAACCCUACGAGAUAUCGCUUUGAGCGUCCCCUGGAUACCAUCCGGGCCCAUGAAGCCGCUAUCGACCGCCGCCGUUGA